AUGCCGUACCGCCCCGUCUCUAUUGAGAACGUCUCCAUCACCUCACCCUUCUGGGGUCAGCUACAAGACCGUGCCGGCCAGGUGACCAUCCCGGCGAUCAUCGAGGCCCAAAAGUCGGCCGACCACUGGCAGUGUCUAACGUGGAAGCAAGGCCAUCCCGUCAAGCCGCAUCCCUUCUGGGACAGCGACAUCUACAAAGUCACCGAAGCAGCAUGCUACUACCUGCUGAAACACCCGGAGGACCAGCCCCUUCGGGCUGAGGUCGAGGCGGCGGUCGACAUGAUCUCCGCGGCUCAGCAUCCCGAUGGCUACAUCAAUUCAUACUACACCGUCCGCGGGGUUGACCAACGGUGGACCAACCUCCGGGACAUGCACGAGCUGUACUGCCUCGGACACCUGAUUGAGGCGACGGUUGCAUACGAGACUCUUACCCACAGCGGAAGAUUACUGGCCGUGGCGACGAAAGCCAUGCAGCACAUUGACUCGAUCUUCGGGCCCGAACCAGCCAAAAAGCAAGGGUAUCCAGGCCACCAGGAGGUCGAGCUCGCAUUGCUGCGCCUCCACGAGACGACACAGGAUCCCCUGCCAUUGAAACUCGCGCGGUAUUUCAUCCUCGAGCGCGGCAGGCACUACGACCAUGCCGACGAAGAUAAACACACCUCCGAAGACGGAGCCGAGAUCUACUUCGACCACGAGGCCCGCGCCCGCGGCGCAGACCCCUACGAGCACAUGGGCAGCGAGCACAAGCCCUGGUACCACGAGCCGCGGGACUACGCAUACCAGCAAGCCGACCGCCCGCUCGCCGAACAGACCCGACUGCAAGGCCACGCAGUGCGUGCCAUGUACUACCUCACCGGCGCGACGGACCUGGUACGUCUGCUCGGUGACCAAGACCCAGCCGUCCGCAAGGUCCAACCUGCCCUUUCCCGCCUGUGGCGCGACCUCGUCGACUCGAAACUCUACAUCACGGGGGGCCUCGGCUCCGUCAGGCAGUGGGAAGGGUUCGGCGAGCCUUACGCGCUGCCCGACCUCGAGUCGCAAGGCUGCUACGCCGAGACGUGCGCCACCUUUGCCCUCAUCCACUGGUGCCACAGACUCGUGCAUCUGGAGGGCGAGCUGCGGUCCGAGUACGCCGACGUCAUGGAGACGUGUCUGUACAAUGCCUUUCUCGGCGCCGUCAACACCGAGGGCAACGCAUUCUACUACCAGAACGUGCUGCGCACGGUGCGCAACCAGCCCAAGGAACGGAGCAAAUGGUUUGGCGUGGCUUGUUGUCCGCCCAACGUCGCCAAGCUACUCGGAUCGCUGGGGUCGUUGAUCUACAGCACGAGUGUGAAUACCGACGGCGCCGGGGCCACCCCGAAAGAGACGCACCUCGCAGUCGCUGUCCACCUCUACGUCGCCAGCGAACUCACCGUCCCCGGCACGGACAUCACGAUCCGCCAAACCACAAACAUGCCCUGGUCCGGCGACGUGGCCGUCACCAUCACAGGCAAGGCCGCAGAUGCGGGCCUUACUCUCGCGCUGCGCAUCCCCAGCUGGGCCUCCCAACCGGGCCAGUUCGCCUGUUCCGCCAACGGCGAAGUAAAGGACGGAUACCUCCACAUUGCAGUCCCAGCAGAUCCGGCCGCACAAGACUCAGAAACCACGAUCCGACUCUCCCUCCGCGUCACCCCACGGAUCAUGUACGCGAACCCCCUGACGGGGAAGGACGAGCUCUGCCUCGCCCGCGGCCCGCUGGUCUAUUGUAUCGAGGACGUGGACAACGCGGGCGCGGACGUGGAUGUGCUCGCGUUGGAGGAGGGUGGCCCUGUCCGCGAAGGCGCGGAGAUGGAGAUCGGUGGUGUCGAGGGCGUGGUUCCGCUCAUCGCCACGGGUAGACAGCUCGCGCUUGCGCAGUGGGGGAUGGGACGUGAGUCCGGCGAUAGCGAUCAAGUUCAUGGCCAACGCCUCUAUGGAUCGCAACCGUGGCGGUUCGAGGACCGGGUGCGCGAUGUCGUGGCUGUGCCGUAUUUUCUGAGGGCGAACCGAGGCGGGAAUGGGGCCAUGAGGGUGUGGGCGAAGAGGGUCGUCUCUGGGGCGUAA